AGGGCGCGUGUUCAUCGGUACAAAGGAUGAAACAAUCGAUAAUAUGGCUUACACAUUCCUUCGUGCACCAAAUUAACAAACAGCGUAUGUCUAGCUCCUGCUACUUUGCUGAGUAAUAAUUUCCUUGCCCUAGCAUAUGAAGUAUUUUUAACAAGCACUCUCAUCCCCGUGAUCUUGAAUUACUUCAUUCAAGGAACCCAACUGCUUCCCCACCUUUAUCGAAAUAUUUUCCGUGUCUUUCGAUCGUUUGAUUUAUCGUAGUAGUAAUUUUCGGUCCGGGAAGUAGCUGCACUCAUAUCCUUUCACGGUCUUGCCAGGAUAUGUGAGAAGCUAAUGGGCCAACUCUGUGAAGAUCAGCCUUCCUCUCGUUGUUCGUAAAGACAGAGUAGCCUGAGGACGUGAAAUAGGGUCGGUCCUCGUGGAUUUUGGCGAUCUUAUCCCUCCCACCCAAUGAGUCUUGGGUUCCAGGUCCAGCAGUAGACAGCGCUUUUAAAAAGAAAUGCUUCAUAUUGAUUUCGACCUUCAGACAACCACUCAACACAACUCCUGUAAGUACAGAAUGAAGAAAGAAGGCUAGCUGUAUGCUGGUAACUUCUUAUUCGGAUUUUGUUGGCUCCAAACAACUAGACUACUGUGAUGAGUGUGCCUCUGCCUUCCAUGUGUCAUCAUAAAUUUUUCAUCGUUGUACUGGGUGGCGCAGUUCGCGAACUACAAAUUUAGCUUUAGGCGAAGAAUAAGCCCUGAAACAGCGAGGACUUCCGUGACCACAGGUAGUAUCCCAUUCGCUGCACGAAUUGACUGUGAAGAACCAGAGUACACGGAGGGCUGCAUCAAGUAGGGACAAGAAGCCCUUCAUUUGGAGUGAGAAGAAAGGGUAAUGGAGAGCUAAUAAAUUGCAUCAUCCGAAAACCAGGUCGGAGGAGACUACAGAGCGACCAGUUGAUGCACUGUGGUCGUGCUUAGUUCUAUGGCUGAUACAGAGCGACCAGUUGAUGCACUGUGGUCGUGCUUAGUUCUAUGGCGUGAAAAUCAGGCAAUAUUUCCUUCUUCAAAUUACAGUAGGCCAUCACGACGCAGAUAGACAAAUACAAGAACCGUCAUAAAGCCCACGCGCCACUAGUAAUGCAACUACAUCUUCAACCACGACACAUAGGUAGAAGAAGCAGUGGGCCAUCUUUUCCUUGACGCGACUACAUCAACUACAGUGAUCGAAGAAGCCGAGGUCAGUCGCUACUAGUAGUAAUAGCAGAAGUAGAUGGACUGCGGACACCUCCAUUCCAGUAUUUAGAGAAAGUAGAAAAUAACAAACAUGCCAGUUUGGAACACGGAUCCGCUGAUGCGAACAGAUGGCUUUCGCAGGGCACGAUCAGCACCCACUUCCAGCACAGCACUCGUCCAGAAGUUCAGCAAAACUUACUCAGAUAGGUACGUGCUGAACAACAUAUUAUAGGCACAUGAUGAUAAUGGAUAUGAUGAACUUGAUGAUGUAGAAGGAGAGUGAGAACAUGAGUUGAUGCAUCAAGCCUACUCAAGGUGUUUCUAAAUGUAACUCUUCUCGUCCUCCCGAUGAUUUCCUAGGUUUCGACCAGUAACGUAUGCCCCACCGACGUACUCAUUGCGAAAACGAGUAGUGUUUGGGUCUAUGCCAGCUCUCUCGGAUGGAGACAAAUACGAAAUUCGAAGGAAAAUUAUGGCAGAGUUCAUACAACUAGUUAGUACAUCUUCUACAACAUCAUACCUCCCUAGCCCCAUUCUCGAUUCUAAGAAACAGAGCGCUGCAGACCGAACUUUUAGGAAGCACGUGAGGAAUUGGACCGUCAGGGAGACGGUAAUGUGGAUGCGAGAUGCCCUGGAGAGGAGAGGACGGGCAGACUUAAUAUUAGGACCCAUUUUCUUUCAUAAUACGACUAGUCUUUGUCAUCUUUGUCUUUGUGCUACGUAGUUAGUACUUAUACUUAAGAGAGUAUCAAGAACGUGGCUAAGUAUCAACAUCAAUUGUUCUUUUUAGGGUCAGCCUGCCCAGUAUGCAACUACUACUUGAUUCGGAUUUUCCUCAAUACAAAAAGUAUCUAGUAAAUACGCAAACGAUACGAUUCUCUGACGACGUCUCCUCUAUCUAACCAGCGACGAAGUGGACGGUAAGGAAGUCGAAGGCAAAGAAAUAUUAGGGUGGAGCAGGUAAUUACUCUAGAUAAUUAUGAAUUAAGCAUUUUCGAACUUUCAUCAACUUGAUUUAAUAUGGUUGUGCUUUGAAGUUUUACGUCGAUGUUGUAGACUUUUUCUUGAUGCGGUCGUCUACUGGUAGGCUGUGGUCAAAGAAACUGUUGAAAGUUUCUGGGAACCUUUAGGUUAAUGACAAGUAAAAGACCAUAAGCUGCACAAGCACAAGCUACAACAACCUCACUGAAAAUGAAAAUGAUUAUGUCACCAUACUUGUUUAGGGAAAAAUUUCGGGACGAUAUUUGCAAGGGCGAUGCGGAUCUCGGGUGCUCACUGUGGGAUGAGUUGCGAUGUCUAAUCGAAGAGUAUCUCGCGACAUCGGCUUAUAACGAUCUAUCCCAUGCAGUGAACUUCACAAAGUCCUAUAAUUUUUUUCCUAGUGAGUUGGGUUUUGGGUCAAUGCCUCAUACUGCUACAGCAUACAAAACCUAGACGACAAUAAUGAUCAUAGGCUGCCAUAGUUAGGUCAUUUAAUAAUUCCCAUCGUUUCCUCCUAAUGCGAGGGCCUUUCAACCGUUUGUUUAUCUAAUUCCAUGAUAUUAAGAACAUGUUGAUCAGAUACACUGCCCCAGUGUGGUCGUGCAGAAAAGCGUUGAAGACUCUAGCGAGCAAGACACAGCCACCAGGCCCAGGCCAGUACAAACAGCCGACUACGAUAGGAAUGUCAACGAGCGGACGUGGGCAUCCGACAAUAAAGCAGGAGGCUAGAUUCGUACUUUUGGUUGAUCUUAAUUCCGAUCCAACGAAAUAGAAUCUUCACGUUUGCAGUUCUGUUGAAGGUUUUGGCAUGUUCGUAGUGUUGAGCAUUUUUCUGAUGCUACAACAAUCACACUGACUUCUAUAGAUAUAUACUUUGCUGGCGUUAAUUAUACCUCGACCACACAUUACUAGGCUAUGCCACAAGGGGAACGUGGUUUCAAGCCCCUGAAGACUCCAGGGCCUGGCGCAUACUUCACCCCUGUCGAAAAAGAUCACAGACUAGUUUGGGGAGCAAGAUGGAGCUUCCCUGGAAGGGGAGAUCGUAAUUGCUACUACUUUUUGUUACUACUCUACAGAAGCAGGAGGAACUACGUCAUCUUGAUCAUGCUAGAUGAUGAAGUUGAACAAGUACAAGUUGAAGUGAACAUCAACAAGAAUUUUGACUUAUCCAAAUCUUCACCUACAAAAAAACGACAGCUGGCCUAGUAAAGGAAGGCGGACCACUCGGUGCCUACGACGUGGACAAACUAGCACGCACAGGGCCAUUGACUGCGCCUUCGUGGACCGUGAAGAGUCGAAUACCAGUCAAAGAAGGAUUUCAAUUAUGGCCUCUAGUCCAUGUAGUGAUCUACUGUGGAAGUAACAGAGAACCAAAUAGAACAGCUUAUGCCAUUUGAUUUCGUCGCAAUCGUUACCAGAUUCAUCUUCUGAUCGAGAAGCAUUUUCAUGUUGCUCCUCACAUUGUCAUUGAUGAUGAAGAUGCCUCUAGCUAUUUGUAUUUCUCCUUCUAGUUGUUCUAAACCCCUCUCCUGGGCCUGCGGCUUACGAUCAAAGCGGGCAUAAGAAAAAGCAGCUAGGCGAGUAUGUCUAUUGGCCGACGCAGGGAGAGGAGUCCAGCCGCAAUAUCACACGUAAGCCAGCCUGGAGCUUCAGAACAGCAUGGAGGGCACAAUAAGUGGAAACAAGCACGAUCAUGGACUACAUGAAUAAGGUCUACGUCUAGUAAUCAAGAAUAAGCGGUUGUAAGUAGUUGUAUUAAAGAGCAGUAAAAAAAAACACAGGAUCACAACUAUUAUGUUUAUUUCGUCUAUCUUGGCAGGAGAAGUAGUUUAUCAGUCUUCACUAUUAUACCUAUCAUUGAAGGUUCAUCUUCUUUAGCAAAGCAUUGGCAACUCGUUCUUCCUAACAUGAACAUGGAUCUCUUAUUUGGCUUACUACUGUAUUUGACGCAUCUUCCUGUAUUUGUAGGUCUACAACACCAUAAGAUGCUAAAAUCACUUCAACAUAUGCUGCAUCAAAAUACAAAAAGACGAAUCUCACACAUAAUAUAAUGCCAGUAUCACUACAUCACAGGAACUCUUCAGAUAUAUUCAGCCUACUACAGAUGAAAACAUUGCUACAAACCUGCCCAAGAACAAAAGUCAACAUAUUCGCGAUUAUGUAUGAUUAGGACUAGGAAACGCUCUUUCAAGAACUUCUACGCAACUACUUGCAUAGAAAUUUUUACUUCAACAGGACUUACGAUACACAUACAUCAAUAUCUUCAAGGACUGCAUAGAGAUCCACACUGCCUGGUAGUUCACAUUGGAAGAUACCAGCACCCGUGUCCUCGACAAAGAGUAACGUUCUCUAUUCU